CAGCGCGGAGCUGGCGGCAGCAUGGCCCGCCUGCUGGGCACCCUGCGCAGCUCCCAGCCCGUGGCGCGCUUCCAGCGCUCCUGCGGGCUCUUCCCCGCCGGCGAGGAGGGCGGCGGCAGCGGCGAGCCCGCGGAGGGGCCCCGGGACGGCGGCGUGUGCAAUGGAGCGGCCGCGCUGCGCCGCCCGGCCGGCGCUGCCCCCGGCGGGGUGCGGAGCGGCCGCGGCCCACAGGGUUGCACACAGAAGUAUAUUGUGAAGAACUACUUCUACUACUACUUGUUCAAGUUUUCAGCUGCUUUGGGUGAAGAGAUUUUUUAUAUCACUUUCCUUCCAUUUACCUACUGGAAUAUAGAUCACUCUGUGUCUAGAAGAAUGAUAAUUGUUUGGUCUAUAGUGAUGUACAUAGGCCAGGUCUCCAAGGACAUCCUGAAGUGGCCUCGGCCCCUGUCACCACCUGUGGUGAAGCUGGAGAUGAGGACGAAUGCAGAGUAUGGGAUGCCAUCCACCCACGCCAUGGCAGCUACAGCCAUCUCCUUCUCCUUCUUCAUUGCAACCAUGAACCAGUACAAGUAUCCAUUUGAGCUCGGCCUCGCAGCAGCGUUCGUGUUCUCGACGUUGGUGUGCCUGAGCAGGCUCUACACAGGGAUGCACACAGUCCUGGAUGUGAUUGGAGGAGCACUGAUUUCGGCCGUGCUGCUCGUGCUCUUGUAUCCUGCGUGGGACACAAUAGAUCACUUGCUGUUGACCAGCCCCUUCUGCCCAUUGGUUUCCAUAGUUGUGCCUCUUUUCUUAUGCUACAACUACCCCAAACUAGACUAUUACAGCCCUACCAGGGGAGACACCACUACCAUCUUAGGAGCAGCAGCUGGAGCAACUGUGGGAUUUUGGUUAAACAACCAGUACGCUGCUCCAGCCCACACUGGCACGAGUGCUCAGGCUGAGCUUCCUCUGGCCAGCAGUGCAGUGGUGUUUGUGCUGGCCAGGUUCUUCACAGGGAUCUUGGUUGUGCUGCUGGCCCGCUGGCUCACGAAGAGCGCGGUGCUGGCCGUGCUGGGCCAUCGCUACCAGUUCCCCAGGGGUGACCUGCAGGCCCGGAGACGCCUGGAGGUUGAGGUGCCCUACAAGUUUGUGACGUACUCCUGCGUUGGCUUCACGGCCACCGUGCUCGUGCCGCUGCUGCACCAGCUGCUGGGGCUGAUGUGAGCGCAGCUGCUCCUCACUGAGCCCCCUGCAGCACCACGCUCUGGGGACAGGACACUCCAGGCUGCUGACUCGACCAAAAAGUGUUUUUGUGCCUUUCUGCACUGGUGUGGUGGGUUUGGCUCUGGCUGCGUGCCAGGGGCUCACCAAAGCUGCUCUGUCACUCCUCUCUCUCCAGGGAGAGAAUAUAAUGAGAGGAUCAUGGCUCAAGACAAGGGCAGGGAGAGAUCACUCAGCAGUUUUACUGUCACAGGCAAAACAGAAUUGACUUGGGGAAGUAAGUUUAAUUUAUUACCAAACUAAUCAGAGCAGGAUACUAAGAAAUAAAACCGAACAUUUACAACCACCUUUCACCUACCCCUCCCUUCUUUCUAGGCUCAACUUCCCUCCUGACAUCUCUAGUUCCUCCUACCCACCAUCACAGGGGGAUGGGAGUGGAGGUUACAGCGAGUUCAUCACAUGUUGCUGCUGCUGCUCCUUCCUCCUCAGGGGCAGAACUCCUCACACUCCUCCCCUGCUCCAGCAUGGGGUCCUUCCCACAGAAGACAGCUCUCCAAAAACAUCUCCAAUGUGAAUUUUUCCAUGGGCUGCACUUCAUCCAGCAUGGGUCCCCUGAGGGAUCAAAAGUCCUGCCAGGAGCCUAUUUCAACCUUUCUUAGGGCAUCACCCUGUUUCAGUGGGGGGUCCUCCACUGAUUGCAGGCGGAUCUCUGCUCCCCAUGGACCUCCAUGGGCUGCAGGGGAGUCUCUGCUCUGGCACCCAGAGCACCUCUUUCUCUUCCUUCUGUGAUCUUUAUAUCUGCAGAGUUGUUCCUCUCCCAUGUCUUCACUUCUCUGUCUGCCUGUGGUUGUGCAUGUUUUUCCUCCCUUCUUAACUCUGUCAUCCCAGAGGUGCUGCUGCUGUCCCUGAUGGGCUCAGCCUUGGCCAGCAGUGGAUCUGUCUGGAAGCCAGCUGGCAUUGGUUCUGUUGGACACAGGGGAAGCUUCUGGUACCCUCUGGGAGAUGUCACCCUUAUAGCCACCACCAUGCCCUUGCCACACAAACGCAAAGGAGCUGGCCUAAAAAAUCUGACUUAUGGGAAUUGCUGUGCACAGAUAACUUUGGGUUAGAAAUCACUGACCCCACUGUCCCAUAAUUAGACACCCUUUGGCCAGGCAGCUAAAUGUGACAAGCACACAGCCAGAAUCCCUGCCAGAGCAGUAGCAAAGGCUGCUUUGCUGUGGGGUUGGGGUUGCUGGGGAGCAGGGCUGUGCCUCUGCCUGCCUGGCUGUGGGGCUGCUCCUGAAGCAGUAGAGCAAGACAAGGCAGGGCUCAGGUUUGGGACAGCAGGGAAAAAGUGGCUGGUGGGGUGGGGGGAGAUGUGACCAGCCAAAAUCAAAAUGCCAUCAUUGGGCAGAGCUCACAGUGUCUUCUGAUGGCACUGCCAGACCAGGCUGGUUCUGUGUGGAAGGUUUUACUCAUUAUUAAAAUCUAAAAUAAAAAAACCAAACCCAAAACAUAAAAGAGAAGGAAAAGCAAAUACAAAAUGUUAAUGUGAUUUGCAACAAAUUUCCUUGGAUAUUAAUAAGAAAGCCUCCACUAAAACAUCCUUUGCCUACAAACUGAGCAGAGUUAUUAGCACAGCACUGAGCUAGAGGAAAGGAAAAAGUCCUUCCUGUCUUUCAGGGGUGACAAGUAGAGUCCCUAAACUGCGUUGUGGAAGGAGCUGAGCAGUGACUCUGGGACUACAGCGUGUGACAAUUACAGAUGCCAUCAUUUUCAGCUGCUGCACAGCACCGCAGCUGGUCUUCCAUGCAUCCUGCAACACUUUGUGUACACUUGUAGAAUAGCAGGGAGGUGUGUCCAUAGGAAGGGCAUCCCUAUAUCUCAGGCUGCUUAUUUAAAACAAUAUAUUUCAGCUGUUGGACCAAUGAGCUGUUGAGAAAUACAGCAGUGAACGUGGUCUGCUUGGCUAGGAACAUGUACAGUGCUAUUGCUGCAGAGCUUCAAGCAUGGCCCCUGUGCCUUGCCUGGCAGAAUGUACAGUGAGAGCCAGCUUUCUACCCAUGUCCACUUGUCUUCCUGGCUGCAAGAAAAAUGAAUCUGAAGAAUGUAAAAGGGGUGCUUUGCCAUCCAUUGACUGCCUGGAUUAACAUAACCAAUUCCAAAACUGGAAUAGCUGGGAGAUGUCUGAGGAGUGCGAGGUGAAAAAGCUGCACCACUCUAAACCCAGGUUGCCAUUCUCCAGAAGAAAUGCAGGCAGAAAUUGUAACAAGUUUAGAUUUUCUCAGGUUGUGUGGACUUUACACGUGCAUGCAAACAGCUCCAGUAAGCCUUUCAGCAGGGCACAUGGCCACUCACACCUGCCCCUGGGUGAGGGCUGGACAGGGGCCACCACAGCCAUGGGGUUCCGUGCUCAGCCUCUCUCCCUCCCAUACACCACAGAAAUUCUGCCAUCAGGUUUAAAAUACCUUUAAACACCUUGUGCUAAGAGAGCUGCAUGACACACAGGUGCAGUGCACAACUGGAGCCCUGCAGAGGGGCCACAUCACAAAACUGGGAAAAAACUUGGCAGCAAGAUGUGCAUUUAAGCUGGGGAUUGGAAUUACUCCCAAGAAAGGCACAUUGUUACAGGGACAUUCAUGCAGCUUUAUGUGUAAAAUUUCUGUUCUGAUUCACAGCUAUUUUAUGCUAUGAAGAUUUUAUAAAUUAUAUAUAAAUGCUGCACAGGUAUUUUUAUAGUAUUCACCUGCAUGUGAUUCAUGCAAUAAAUGCAAA